UCCAUGCAUUCCUUUUUCUUACUCGCGUUUCCUGCCCUUUUAGAGUGUUGUGAAGUGUUGCUAUGGUAACAUGCCAAGAAAGUGAAACAAAAUCUACGGCGUGCGGAAGAAGCCAUAAAAGUGGCGGAAGUGGGAUUGUAAUCCGUUAAAGUGUGUGGAGCAGCAGAGGAGGGGCUGAGUGGUGAUGAGAGGAGAAGCGCUUCAGAGAUCACCACUCAGAGAAAAGCAGAACAACACGUCGAACACUCCACUUCACUUCCAUUUUGCUCGCUGUUUCCUUCUCGUCGCUCUUCUUCUUUUCUUUCUUGCAGUACAUUUCUUCACAAACUCGCUACCAAGGCGAUCUUUCCGCUCGGGGAGAAGAGAUGCUGGAGCUCGGACUGUAGCGGCACCGCGCGCUGUUUAGUUCCGCACCGGGCGAGGAAUGCCAUCUGAGCCUCAAUGUUUCACUGGGCCAAGUGGAAGAAGAGGAUGGGUGCGAAUAGCUCCUCUAAGAGACCGGUCUUCGACGAGAAAGAGGACGUGAAUUUUGAUCACUUCCAGAUUCUCAGAGCCAUUGGAAAGGGCAGCUUUGGGAAGGUGUGUAUUGUGCAGAAGCGUGACACGGAGAAGAUGUACGCCAUGAAGUACAUGAACAAACAGCAAUGCAUAGAGCGAGAUGAGGUCCGAAACGUCUUUAGAGAGCUAGAGAUUCUACAGGACAUUGAACAUGUUUUUUUAGUCAACCUCUGGUAUUCCUUCCAGGAUGAGGAGGACAUGUUCAUGGUAGUAGACCUGCUACUGGGGGGUGACUUGAGGUAUCACUUGCAGCAAAAUGUCCAGUUCACAGAAGAUGCUGUUAAGCUUUACCUGUGUGAGAUGACCCUGGCACUGGACUACCUGCAGAGCCAACACAUCAUACACAGGGAUAUCAAACCAGACAAUAUUCUUCUGGAUGAACAAGGUCAUGCUCACCUGACUGACUUCAAUAUUGCAACAAUUAUCAAAGAUGGAGAAAGAGCCACGGCAUUAGCUGGAACCAAGCCGUAUAUGGCUCCGGAGAUUUUCCAGUCUUUUGUAAGUGGUGGGACUGGCUAUGCCUUUGAAGUGGACUGGUGGUCAUUAGGGGUCACUGUAUUUGAGGUCCUGCGAGGAUGGAGGCCAUAUGAUAUCCAUGCCAGCAGCUCAGUGGAGUCUCUAAUGCAGCUCUUCAGCACAGUCAGCGUGCAGUACUGUAACUCCUGGCACAAAGACCUCAUCUCCCUGCUGCGUAAGCUGUUGACAGUAAAUCCGGAGCAUCGAUUCUGCAGUCUUGCCCACAUGCAAACAGCCCCCUACCUCUCAGACGUGAACUGGGAUGCCAUGUAUGAGAAGAAGAUGGAGGCUGGAUUUGUUCCCAACAAAGGGCGUCUGCAUUGUGACCCCACCUUUGAGCUGGAAGAGAUGAUUUUAGAAUCCCGUCCGCUACAUAAGAAGAAAAAGCGUCUGGCCAAGAACCGAUCAAGAGACAACAGCAAAGAUUCCCAAUCUGAGAACGACUAUCUACAGGAGUGCCUUGAAGUCGUACAGCAAGAGUUUGUGAUCUUCAACCGAGAAAAGUUGAAGAGGAGACAGGAGGAAGGCUGCAUGGGAGAAGGGGAGGCAGCAGAGGGAGAAGCAGAAGGAGAAGGCGACCCUGACCGUGAGGCAGAAGAGGCAGAAGGCGCGACAGAGGAUGAAGAAACUGAGCCCGAACCUGAGACCUCUAAACUGAGCAUGUGCGGCUCGGUGUGUUCAUCUCCGGGCAGCUCAUAGAGCCACAGGCACAGCACCUCCUGCUGGUCUCUUAGGCGUCACUGCGCUCACCAUGCCUAUAAAGCCCUAAGUGCAACUAAUUAGGGCUCCGAAACAUCUCUUUUCUCCAUCCCAGUUUCAUUCAUCUCAGCACGGUUUGGGUUCAGCCUAUACGAGCAACGACAUGGCCUCCAUUUUCUUGUUCUCUACAUGGCCUCUAGAGUAAGCUCAAUCUUCUAUGCAACAUUAUCUGUACAGCAUGAUGUAAAGUAGACAUUUUAGAACUAACAAAGCCGCACCGAGAACGCAUGAUGACACACAGAGCAAUAGGACUCUGCCGUAAGAAUGUUAACAUGACAAGGGCGGCCAAAUGAGAAUGCUGUUUGUGUAUUAAUUAUGAAUAGGUGAAAACACUCUGAACUUUAGACUUGCUAUGUUUGCUCUUUCAGCUGCUCCCUCUGAAAGUGGGCUGCUAUUUACUAGUCAUUAAGCAUUCAGUUCCUUUCUAUAGAUGUAAUUCCCAGAUAGCAAGUAGGUGAUGACCCAGUGCCCACCCACACAUACCUCUUUCAUCCAGCACACGCUCUGCUGCGGAAUGACAGCAACAACUCAAACAUGAUGACACCGUACAGUAUCUCAGGCAUGAUAUGGUGCAGUUGAACCACCUUUGGUCCAAAAUUAACAAACAAUGCACAAACUUUAGAUAUGGCUCAUUGCAUUGGAGCUUUUUGAUCCACACUCUAAAUGCCAGAAAAAGCUGUUUACACACCCACUUUUGGAUUACAACACACUUCCCAUCAUAAUAACUGACUCUAAUGUGCCUAACCUUUGGCCUGGAAUCGUCCGCUAUCUGGGAACAAACUGGGAUUAAUUGCUUAGCAACAAAAAAGUGUCACGCUUAAAAACAUGUCUUGAGUGACCAUAUGACAGCAACUGUCAUGUUCUGAAUGUCUGAUAAAAAAAAAUGUUCAUAGUAUGUCACAAGUAAAUACAUACAAAGAAAUCGAACUUCGAUGACUUUCUUAACUUUGUGUCAAAAUUUGUUAAGAUGUUAAUGUUAAUGGCUUGGUUUUUCUGUAUCUCUGUCUUGAUAAACUUGCUGCUUCUGGCCAGCACGCCGUUCAGUGGUUGGCAUCUAUGUUUCUCCUUCUGACUGUUAGUGUUUUUCAUGUAAGAUGCUUAUUCCAGAAUGAUUUGGUGUUCAGUGUAGAUUACACUGCAGUUUGCGUUCAGUGCGUUCAGUUCACAACUCUAGUGCUCUUCCAUUCCUGCCGCUUAGGACCUACUGAUGAAUUUCACCUUACCAGGGGAAUAAGCUUUAUUGACCUCUAUAAUACACCUGUAUUUUGUUUAAGAUUUUGUUUGAUUAAGUCCAUUUAAAAAAAAAACUCUGUAAUAUAAGCAUUGUAGGUGCCAUUUGGGGUCCUGCGUUGAUUUGGGUUAAGCACUCCCCCUAGUGAGCCGGAUGAGGCUUUUUCUUUAGAGUAGCAAUGAUUCGAUAGUAUAUAAAUACGAUACUGUUUGUAUUAAGGUGACAUCAUCGAUCCAAGUUGUGAUGUUGGAACAUGUAGCAUUCUACGUAAUUAGGCAACACGAUUUUACAAUUUUUGUUGAAUAAUUAUGUAAAACAUAGCUAGAAGCAGGACCUUUUCUCCACAGUUUUAUGUGGGUGUGCAUAUCAGACUUAAGUAUUAACAAAAAUCAGAUUAAAAUAGUUCUAAUAGAAUAAGAGGCAGUUGUAUGAAGCUAUAUCUUCAUACGGUGACUUCUAUUUCCAAGUGUGCAGGCACAACUUGUAGGCAAAAACGCCAAAGCUUUUGUACCAUUUGCAUAGCUGUUUCUAAAUAAAAAUGAGUGCCUGUACGUUUGCAUUUGUCUGUUUGCUAUGCGCGUAUGUGUGUAUCUGUAAUUAUUGCCGUAAUCUGUGCGUCUGCGUGUGUGUGUUUGUGUGUGUGUGUGUAUUUGUGCGUGUAUGUGUGCGUGUGUGUGGGAGUGUGAAAGUAUUGCAUAGGACCAAUGUAAUAAUUUGUAAAGAAGCAUUUAU